AUGAAUCAUGCUGCUGCCGAGGUCGAGUCGAAUGAGAAACCGGAUGCGCCUGGUGCGGCGAGUUCUCCGCCAAUGCAAGACAGGGAAAGCCAAGGUCGCGUUGCGACCACUGCAAUCGGCCAAAACCCGCGUAAUCGCGUCCGAGAACAGUGGAUCACUAAAGCUAGCCAAUCAGAAACGAUCAGUCACGAGACCACAGAGUCCUAG